CAUUUUCGUAUAUCACAAUCCUAUUGUUAGUCCAUUGGAAAGUAGUCAAGAUGCCACUCUUCAAGCACAAAGAAAAGAACCGCCCCGAUGUCACGAAUCAGCAUACGGUGACCGCCCCCCCAAAUCAACCUCAACACCAGCAUAACAAUAGCUAUCAUGAUUCAGCGUAUUAUUCGAACAGCAAUGCGUCAACGAUGGAUUCGAGGGUGCAGCAACCUCAGCCUCAACCGCAACCUCAGCGGAAUCAGAAUCAGAAUCACGAAGGACAGCGUCCAGGGACGACUGUCACCACUACAACUACCACAACAACGACUACUACGACUGUAGCCCCAGAUGGCACAACCCAAACGUACUCCCAUCCCUACAAUCCAUCGACCGAUCCACCUCCUCAAGCCUCCGAAACGAUUGUUGACCAGAAACUCCCUUCCAACCAAGGCAUCGUCCCAGACACAAACCCAGACCCAAAUUCAAGCACGCAACCCACGUCUAAGAAGACCUCUUGCGAGCGAGAACAAACCCAGCCAAACCCUACAAUUACACAACAAGCUCCAACACCUAGCCACUCAUACCGAGAAGCACCACCCCGCAAACCCACCCCUCAACAGCUCCAACAAUCCCAGUUUGCUCCUCCUCCAGGAACAACACCAGUGCCGCCACAAAAUACAGCAACGAGGACCGAAGCCGAGGUCCCCGCCAUUCCACGAAGCCCUAGCACAACAGGCGGCCGACCCAUCCCCCCUCGCUCCGAAUUCCUCAAUACCACGAACGCCCGAGGCACAAGUCCCUACCCAGCUUCAACACUCAGCCCAGACACGACAGGCAUCCCGCCGCCUCCGGCCAGAUCACCAAAGAGGAACUCGGGAGAUGGAGUUGUAGCGCCAUUGGGCACAAAUAGACCUGCCGGAGAGGCGGGCGUUGUAGAAUCCCCAGUAUCUCCUACCGCGCCAGCUAGGUCUCAUACUCUUAAUUUCUCCCGUCCGGGUGCUGUUGCUGCAAGUCCGUCUUCCCCGACGAGAGCGAACUUGGGAACGACGACUUUGAUUUCUGCGGAUCCUCCAAGCCACCCUCAUGGGAAGAGAGAGUCGUUGUUUGGGGCUAUUAAGGGGUUGCAUGGUGCAGGCGAAGCGUUGAGAGGUACGGUCAACGGGACGAUUGCGAAAGCAAGUCAUGAUACUGUGGAAGAGGAGAGGAUGAGAGCUAUUAGGGAGAAGGGGAUGGGUGAAUGGAGGGGGAGCGGAUUGAGUGAGAGGGCGGGAGGGCUGAGGGAGGGGUUUAGAGAGAAGGCAGGAGAGAGACAGAGGAAUAGGAGGUUGAGUGUGGGCACGGGGGUACAUGGAAGUGAGGGCCCGGGUGGUUUGGGGCCGGUUGAAGAGCUGGAAAGGUAGAUUGAUGGCUGUUGGGAAGUAGGUUGCGGGAGGAGAGCAAUGGCGAUGAUGGAUAAUGAGAUGGCGCAAGUAUAUAUUGAGCGGUUUCUUGCAGUUCUGGGUGUGUUUGGGUAUGAAGGUGGAUAGGGUUGAAAUGUCAUCUUGCAAACACCCAACUUUUUGUCUGCCCCACAACAACACUCAGCGACUUUUCAGAUUGCUCUAGGCCCUGAGCUCAGAUAAAACAUUAACAGUGGCCUUG